AUCUUCGGUCUUCGGCGUUUUUGGUGAAUUUUCUUAGAGUUUUCGGCGUUUUGGUCUUUCAGAGUUAUAGUGAAUUUUCUUGGGAUCUCCGGUCUUCGGCGCUUUUGGAGAAUCUUGGUUUCUUUGGUCUUUCAGCAUUUUGGUCUUUCAGCGUUUUGGUGAAUUUUCUUGAGAUCUUCAGUCUUCGGCGGUUUUGGGGAAUUUUCUUAGUCUUUGGUGUUUUGGUGAAUCUUUGGUCUUUCAGUGAAUUUUCUUGGGAUCUUCGGUCUUCGGCGCUUUUGGUGAAUUUUCUUAGAGUCUUCGGCGUUUUGGUGAAUCUUCGGUCUUCGGCGUUUUUGGUAAAUUUUCUUAGAGUCUUCGACGUUUUGGUCUUUCGGCGUUUUGGUGAAGUUUCUUGGGAUCUUCGGUCUUCGGCGUUUUUGGUGAAUUUUCUUGAGAUUUUCGGUCAUCGGCGUUUUUGUACAUCUUCUAAUGGAGAAAAAACAACUAUACAAAUUGAAAAAAUUAGACAAAAAGAUAAUAUUAAUCAAUUAGUUGAAAAAAAAUUACCUG